AUGGGGCCGGGGCGCGGGGCGGCCGGGGGGCGGCGAGGGGCCGUGGCGCUGCUGUGGGUGGCGGCCGUGCUGUGCCAGCUGGGCAGCGGCAGCGUCCUCCGCCGCCGGCUCCACGCCGCCGGGGUCCCGCAGCGGCGGCUGAGCGGCGGCGAGCGGCGGGACGUGCAGCGGGAGAUCCUGGCCGUGCUGGGGCUGCCCGGCCGGCCCCGGCCCCGCGCCCCCGCCCGCGCCCCCGCCGCCGCCGCGCCGCUCUUCAUGCUCGAUCUGUACCACGCCGUGGCCGGCGAGGAGGAGGAGGAGGAGGGCGAGGAAGCGGCGGUGUCGCGCCCGGUGCUCACCGGGCUCAGCACGCAGAGCCCCCCGCCCGGCAGCGUCGUGAGCCGCGCAGACACCGUGGUCAGCCUCGUCAACAUGGUGGAGCAGGACCGGGACCUGUUCUCACCCAAGCCCUACUGGAAGGAGUUCAGGUUCGACCUGACCCAGGUGCCGGCGGGAGAGGCCGUGACGGCCGCCGAGUUCCGCAUCUACAAAUCCCGGGGUGUCCCCAGCCACGCCAACAGCAGCCUCCACGUCAGCAUCUACGAGGUGGCUGCCCAGCAUUCCAACAGGGAGUCUGACCUGUUCCUGCUGGAUGUGCAGGACCUGCGUGCUGGGACAGAGGGCUGGCUGGUGUUUGAUGUCACGGCCGCCAGCAACCACUGGUCAGUGGAUCAGAAACACAACCUGGGGCUGCGGCUCUACGUGGAGACAGAUGAUGGGCACAGCGUCGAUCCGGGCUCGGCCGGGCUCCUGGGGCGCCGGGGACCCCGCUCCAAGCAGCCCUUCAUGGUGACAUUUUUCCGGGCCAGCCCCAGCCCCUCCCGUGUCACACGAGCAGCCAAAUCCCCAAGGAGGCGACAGCCCAAGAAAUCCAACGACCUGCCCCACCCCAACAAGCUCCCAGGAAUUUUUGAUGAUGUCCACACCACAGAUGGGCGGCAGGUCUGCCGGCGCCACGAGCUCUACGUCAGCUUCCAGGACCUUGGCUGGCUGGACUGGGUGAUUGCUCCACAGGGAUACUCAGCCUACUACUGCGAGGGGGAGUGUGCAUUCCCACUGGACUCCUGCAUGAACGCCACCAACCACGCCAUCCUGCAGUCCCUGGUCCACCUGAUGAAGCCUGAGGCUGUGCCCAAGGCGUGCUGUGCCCCCACCAAGCUCAGUGCCACCUCUGUCCUCUACUACGACAGCAACAACAACGUCAUCCUCAAAAAGCAUCGGAACAUGGUGGUGAAAUCCUGCGGCUGCCACUGAUGGACAGGUCCCAUUCCCAGCCCUGAGUGUCCCCUCCCCAUCCCUGAGUGUCCCAUUCCCACCCCUGGAUGUCCCAUUCUCAUCCCUGGAUGUCCCAUUCCUGUCCCUGAGUGUCCCAUCCCCACCCCUGAGUGCCCCAUUUGCACCCCUGGAUGUCCCAUUUGCACCCCUGGAUGUCCCAUUCUCAUCCCUGGAUGUCCCAUUCCUGUCCCUGAGUGUCCCAUUCCCACCCCUGGAUGUCCCAUUCUCAUCCCUGGAUGUCCCAUUCCUGUCCCUGAGUGUCACAUUCCCACCCCUGGAUGUCCCAUUCCUGUCCCUGAGUGUCCCAUUCUCACCCCUGAAUGUGCCAUUCCUGUCCCUGGAUGUCCCAUUCCUGUCCCUGAGUGUCCCCUCCCAUUCCCACCAGAGCAAUGUCACCCUGGGUUUCUGCUGCAUGCAUGGAAGAGGAGCUUUGUGGGCUGCAUCAGAGCAAAAUCCAUUAAUAAUAAUAAUAAUAACCACCAAAAUUAAACCCCUCCCACCCCUUCCUAGAAGUGGAUGUAAAUAAUAUAAAACUUCCUUUUUCUUAUCCUGCUUGAUGAGACACACAGAUAUAUACAAACAUAUAUAUAUAUAGGAUAUAGGAAAGAGAGGAUUUUUGGCUGAUUCUGUUUUGUGACUGAUGUGUUUUCCCUGUGGUGGAGCAGUUUUGGGGGGGAGGCAGCAUCCAGGCUGCUCUGGGACUGAGCUGUUUCUAGCUGUGUAUUUCUCCACUAACCCACCUCUACCCAAGUGCUUUUAAUUCCCUGAAUGAAAACAUCAUCAGCCAAUUAAGUAGCUGGCUGACCGACCCCCUCCUGUUUACCCAAAGUUCACCAAACUCAGCCAGUUGGAAAAAAAAUAUCCAUAUUGAGCUACAGCACUGUUAUAAAAUAAACGCAAAGUUUGGAAAGUAAACACGGAGUUUCUCUUGCUCUUUGUUUUUUAAUGUCACAGCACAACAGGGCUCUGUUCAGAGGGCCUUUUGCAAUGAAAAAAUACUCAGAAUUGGCUAAAAUU